AUGGAAGUCGCCGGCGAAGAGGGUGGUUCGGAAAUCAAGAACACCUUUGGACCUUUUGACUACUUGAACCAUGCCAAGUGGAGUGAUUGGGAAGUGGACUUCCGCUCAAAGCCGGAGCUCCAUUCUGUGGGGCGUGCCGGACGUCACAGCGACGUGCACGGUCACACGGGUGAGGACAUGAGGCGUCACCGUCGCGAGCCGGAGGAGGUCCCGGCCGCCAGGCCAACGUCGGGUCCGCCCUCCAGCUCAACGUCCUCCUCCAGCGGUGACAACAUGUCCACAGCGAGUGAGACCCCAGUGCAGCGAGAGGAGCUGAGUAGCCUCGGCGCCGAGCGCCUCGCGGAGUUGCCAGUCGCGGAGGAGAUGUCCUUAGCCGAGCUGAACCGAAAGCUGGCGUCCAUGGCGCAGGACUGGCGCGCGCAUGCGCGGGAGAUGCCUUUUUGA